AUGUAAAAUAAAGAACCCUCAAGCAAACUAUAUGUCAUAUAUCAUGAUCCUUGUUUAGAUGGAAUUUACUCUCUAACAGGUCUUGUAUUACCUAUUCUUGUUAAAAUCAGAAAGGAUAACUGGACAAUCCAAUAAUACCUUGAAUUACUCAAAUCUGAACUUUCUAAAAUAUCAAAAGAAAUCCAAAAACCAUAAGAGUAUAAGCAAGAAAUUAAUUAUCAAGAUGAGCCAAUUGAGAAUCAGAAUAUGGGAUUUUUCUAUCCAACUAUUUAGGAUCUCUGUUAUAUGCCCAUUAGAUUGAGCGAAGAUUCUAAUGAAGUUUAGAAAAUAAUCAAAUUUUUAAAUGAUGACUCUAAAUCCUCAAUUUUGAUAAUUGUUGAUUAUUUUGGAAGAACUUGGGAUAAUUUAUUAUUAUUAACAAAAAAGUUUUAAUAUGUGGUUGUAGUUGAUCAUCACUAAACAUGUGUAAAUGCUAUUCCAGAUUUUAAAAUAGAAAAAUAUUAAGUCUUAAAUAAAGUGUCAGGAGUUGACAAUCUAUUUAUGCUAGUAAGCAUAGAAAAAGCUGCAUGUCUCUUAGUGUAAGACUUUCAUGAAUAAAUAUUUUAAACUAAAUAUACAUCAUUACUUCCUCCAAAUAUUGGAACCAAAUUUACAUUAUUUACAAAAUACAUUUCAGAUAAUGAUUUAUUUGUGUUAUAAUAUCCUGAAACAGAACCUUUGCAGAUGGCCAUAAUGAGAAGAAGAUUGUAAUUCGAUGUUCGUUAAAAUCCAGCAAUCUUUUAUAAAUUAUUAGAAUUUGACUUUGACUUUUUAGUUAAGGAAGGAAAACAGUUAGCUAUUUAAAGAAAUAAGAAAGUUGAAAAUUUAGUAAAGAAUCGUAAAACAGUGGUAUUUGGAAAGGAUGCAGUGGGCUAUUCAUUAUAUUGCGAUGAUUUAAGCAUAAUGAAUCCAUUAGGUAAUGCCUUAGGUAUUUUGGCUAUGAGGUCAGGUGAUCAAAAUUUAGGUGCUGUUUAUCAUGAUGAUAAAAGUAAUUCUACUUAGUAUAAAAUUCAUUUGAGAUCAGCUCAUCAUGAUGAAAAUGGAGUUCUACUCAAUAGAUUUAGAUGUGAUGUACUUGCAGAGUCAUUUGGAGGAGGAGGUCACGUAGGUGCAGCAUCUCUUUACAUGAAGAAAAAAGAAUGGAAAAAAUUAAUGUUUGAAUGA